GCCAUUUUGGAUUUUGCGAGGGAACACUGCUUUCAUUUUGAUAGAGCAGUCUUCUUCUGUGGACUUAUGCGUGGAAAUGCGUCAUUGUCAUAGAGUUCUCGUCGUUAUUCUGUUUCAAGCGGUGAUAUUUUGAGAGGAUGAGUCGAAAUCGUGAGGGUCAAUGGAUCCAGGGUAAUUACAUCCGUCCUGGAGGAGCACAGAGAAGCCGAGUUGAAAUCAGUGACGAUGAAGACGAUGAAGUGACAGAAAUAAAACAGGUUAGGCUAAAAAUAAAUGAGUGGUAAAUAUAAAGUUACAUUUGUUAAAUAUAUGUUGAGCAGUUGAUCAGAAAAGAACCUGAAAAGAAUCAGGCGUGAUCAUGCAUGUCCAAGUGUGCAAUUUUUCGAUUCAGGUUCCUUCUAAGUUUUAGUGAAAUUGAAUGACUGACUGCCAGGAUCAUAUUUUUCAUUUGCUUGAUACAUUGCCGACGAUUACUAUGUUUGAUUUAUUUCUUAUAUGGGUAUCCAGUUGACAUAGAAAUAUCGCAACUUCUUUUUAUGAGGUCAUACCUGAGCGAACACCAGGAAUUCUAAUCCUUCGCUUAACCUUUGGAUAAUGAUUUGCACAUAACAUUAAAAUGGCUUCUGGUAUGGUCUUUCACAGAGCUGGAAAGAAAGGGCAAAUCUUGUCCAGUGCAAUUACACGUUACCAGCCCAGACGUACUGUAUUUCAUAUAACAAACAAAAUGUAAAGGCAAAUAAGUUUAUUUUGGGACAGCUUUGUGAGAACCAACCCUGCAAAGCUGAUAUGUAAAUACAGCAAUAGAUAAAUAACUAUUGUACAACACUCGUAAUCUAGCUUUCACAAACAGAAAAAACUGCUACAACUGGUCGAUCUCGACCUGUAUUCCCAAUUAAGCACACAGGCUUAGUGCCAGUUAGGCUGCCAGUUAGGCUGGGGAAAUAUAAAACUCUGACCAAUGAAUAACCAGGACACAGAACACUAUAGGAGCACAGAGGUAAAGCACGGAAAAAACUGGGAAUUAUCUUCACUAAUAUACUGGCAAAUUGCCAGUUAGGCUGCCAGAAAAGGCUAGAGUACAACAUUUAGGGUAAACAGAUGGCUAACGACCCUGGCUACAGGUUUGUAACAUUGCCAAUCUAACUGAAUCAAACUAGACUCAUAUUGCCACGUAAAGAGCAGCUGUGGGACAGCUGACCUAAGCAUACCGUAUUUCCUCGGUCAGCACUCGUUAACAUUCGUCAAAACGCCCUUUCUCCCCUUAUGAUUUUUACACAAGGUAGAACUGUUUUCUGCUUUUAUAUCACACUUAGAUGAUAUUUCAAGCUGGAAAUCAUUUAUGAAAGUGAAAGUCUCUUCAAAUUAAAAGAAAAAAAAUUGAUGUGUAGGGCAAGAGGAUUUGAACCGAUGACCUAAAUUGCCACUACACCACACUUAACAUCCACUAACCACUAGACCACUGAGGAUUUGUUGGAUGAUAAGGAAAUAAUAUUAAAGUACACAUAGCAUCAACCCCAACCCAACAAAAGAACCUAACCACUUUCGAAACAGUGCUUAACCCUAAUCAGUAAAGGAAGUGCUUAACCCUAAUCAGUAAAGCCAGUGCUUAACCCUAAUUAGUAAAGCCAGUGCUUAACCACAGUGCUUAACUGGCUAAUCCAAAACGAUAAGGAAUACUACAUUGUGUAAACUUCAUAAGGUGUCCAAGGGCCUUUCGACAGAUGUUAAAAAGUGCUGACCAAAAGGAAAAGCCUACAUUAUUAUAUGACUAUGAUUGUUGUUGUUAUAAUCUAGCAAAGUUCCAGUGAUACUGGAUGUAGUGAUAGGACAUCUAGAUUCAGAAUGAGGAGACAGAAAAGGGAAGCUGCUCCAGAAGUGAAGUUUUCUGGUAAGUCAGCCAUACAUCAUCAACAUUUAAAUUAUUAAUAAAUUUUUUACAGGUUUCAACCAGAUUAGGUUUUUGAAAACUAUCAAGAAAAAAUUUAAUUAAAAUGUAUUUGCUGCAAUGUUAUUGAAUGCAGGUGAUGAAGAAAUCAAUGAAGAGUGGGAGCAGUUACAGGUAAGCAUUAAGGGUAUGUUAUUGUGUUUCCAGUUCUUCUUUGUUAUUAUAAUUGCGAAAUUAAUAAGAAAUGGUAAUCUGGGUUGGCAAAUACAUUACAUUUGGCCUAGUCUAUGCCACAAAUUUGCUCUUGACUCCAAAGAAUUCGUACCGCAAGCUAUUCUGACUCCAGCUUUUAGCCCAAAAAUGCUCAGUAGAAUUUCAUCUACAUGUACAAGGUGAGAUGCAGUCUGCAAUGGAUGCAAGUUACCCUUCAGGCUGGUACUUGUCCUACAGUUAGCUUCCAUAGCAUGAAGUGAGUAGGAAUAUUUCUACCAGGAUCCAUAAUCUUGGUCAUUCAACUUAAACUGCAAUGAUCUUUUUAUUUCAUAACAUAUGAAACUCAGCUAUUUAUCAUUCCUUCUUCACUUUUCCCGGGUAUAUUAUGACACAAUUUAAUGACCAGCUCCCAGGUGGCUUGCCAGUUCCGUCGGUUAAAGUGCCUCAGCAGUCUCGUAGAGGUCAGGAUUCAAAUCCCGGCAAGCCUGCAUUUUUUCAGGCUUUUUUUUCUGAUGAUCUUCUUUGCAUUUAUACUUGUUAUAGUUAUGGAGUACAAGUAACCAUGUACUUUUGUUUUAACAGCAAGUGAUAAAGCUAAGCAAGCUUGAGGCAGAAAAACAGGAGGAGAGAAGGAAAAUGUGUGGCACUUUGCAAGAUGUGGUAAAUGGUUUUUGUUUGCUUUCUAUAUGUUGAUGUCUAGAACUUUUUACUUCACUCUGGAUCUGUCUUGGGAGAUGCAUUUCUUGGUCGCUAGUGUCAAACAACCUCUCCCCAUCUCCCCACGGCAUGCUGCCCCUCCAUGGCUAGGAGGCCAUGUAGGGACCAAGAAGCCUGUCACUGAAAGAAAUGUCUCAUGAAAGGUGUUUUCUCAUUUCUGUUCUGAACGUCAUCUGCAAAACUUAAUGAUGCUGUUCUUUGCGGUAAUGUCAUAACCUGUUGUAAUAAGUGACUUGCAUUUUGAAUGCUUUGUUUGUCGAUCAAGAGUCCAAAAAUCUUGACCAUGUUGGUGUCUCCUAGUUUACUCCUAUAGGUAUUCGUCUAAAUGUAUACCGGUAUAUAUGUUGUGGUCAAAAGUUAAUUCAGGUUGAAUUCUUUUAAGCUAUAGGUUGAUUCUCAAUUUCGUUUGUCUUCUAGCCCUAAUUCAAGAAUUAGUAGGGUUAGGAGACAAAGGGAAUUGAGAAUCAACCUAGGUUAAAACAUUUAACCUUAAUUUAAUUUUGACCUGUAACAUAAUUAUGUAGUAUGCUCCUAAAAAUUAUUUGAGGGUGGUAUGCCUAAUACUUCUCCUUUCAAUUUGCCUUUUAUAUGCUUUUAUGUUGAAAAGAGAGUGUCAUAAAUAGAUACAGUCACUUGGGCCCCAUUCUAUGCAGCUCUUCAGUUGAUUCAUGUUACAGAACCAUGUGGUAAUAUAAGAAUCCUGUGACUCAUGCACCGCUUUGAUUUGGUUUGUAGAUGAAUCUUCAAGUAGAAAUUGAACCACUGAACUCAAGUAGUUUGAAGAACCAAAACAAAAGAAACAAAACAGGUUCGUAGAGUUAUGUUAUGUCAAUAAACAUGUUGCUUCAGCAGUACAUACUCUUUGGUACAAGAAGCUUUCAUUUCAGCAUGGCCCAGUAGAAACGUAAUGAAAGUUGUAGUGGAACAAAAUGAGAAAUAAUAAUCUUGCCUGCUUUGUUUUAGCUGUAGGUAAUGAGAGAGAUCAGCGAGAAGACUCAGCAUCUCCAGAACUGUUUUCCACUCCCCCUGAAGAUCAAGGAAUCUCUGACAAUAAGGUCUUUAAUCAACAGACUGAUAUUUUUUUUCGGAAUUAAUUCUCACCCCACAAAAGAUAUACUGUGCAACUUUUUGUUGUGCCAUAACUGGGUUGAGCAUGAUCAUCUUGGUGAAGGUGGUCCUGACGUUUUGACAGUGCAGUAGUCAUCUUCACAGUCAAAGUCUGUUGUAUCACGUCAGUUGAUGGUAUUUAACUCUAGUUAUUGACAUGAUUGGCCAAUUAAGUCGUGAUGUUAUUGGUGAUCUGUCAGUUAAUUCAUGAUGUUAUUGGCUAUGAACACUCGAAAUGUCAUUGGUGCAUUUCAAUCCAACUAUCGUUACAGUUUAACGUACUUAUAAAUGACUUCUGGGAUCAAACCUUUCACAGUUUUUUGUUGUGUCUUACAUUGUAGGUUGAAGAAAAGGUUGAUAGUGAUGCAGAGUUUCCUGAUAGUCCUUCAUUACCGGUGAACAUGAGAUCACCUGAUGCUGGAAAUUCAUAUGACAGACAAAGGAAAGAACAGCUUUCUUCAACUGCACAACCAUCACAGUAAGGUUUGGGGCCGACGUAAGAACAAAUGAUGAUGAACCUUAUUCAUGAUACCCGCCAUCUUUACACACGUUUUAGGAUCAAUGGGAUAAAAGCAAUGUUGCGUAGCAUUUCAGAGGGAAAACAAGUGAUAAAAUUUGCCAAUACAAGCAACUGCGGUCGUAUUUGUUUAUUCUAUCAAAAUACAGUUGACUCCCGAUAAUUCGAACCUUCAAGGGAAAUAGCAAAAAGUUUGAGUUAUCAGGAGUUCGAGUUAUCGAGGGUAAAGUUAUAUAGAAAAUGAUCUGAAGGGAAAUGAAAACUGCUUCGAAUUAACGGAAGGUUCGAGUUAUAGGGGGUUCGAGUUACCGGGAGUCGACUGAAAGACAAAUGAAUUAAUAAUUAAUUCAUAUGUCUUAUGUGACAAUUAUUGUCUUGCAAAAAGUACCGUUCAAGUUUGAACAAAAAAUUUGCUACAUUUUGUUCGCUUUGACAACAUCUAUGGUGGCUACUGCAUCCAAAGCAGUAACAAUGAUCCUUUUCACCCAUAAUUAUCAUCUUUAAGAUGAAAUGUUCUUGAUUUUCUCUUUUCUAGAAUAAUACCCUCGAUUUCUUUCAAUUGUGGCAAAUCUUUUCACUUCCUUUUUUCACACACUUCUCCCGAAUUUGCACUAAUGUCUUUAUGGUUGACAAAGCAACAUCUUGCAACUCCCAGGAAAUGAAAAACCACUGUGAUGAAAGAUUGUUUUUAUAAAAGGUCUUGGUCUGGUCGUAUCUUUCCCUCCCUUUUAUUUUUCAUCACAAAUGUCAAUAAUGUGCCGCAUUGAUCAAUCAUAUCUAAAAUCUAAAGGUUCAUUAGAAGUGAAUAAACCAAAUGUCCCGUCAUGAAAGGAUUCAAUAGGACAAAGCCUAUUAUUGACCAGACUUUGUUGGUUGACCAGCCGUUAUUUCAAGCCCUGACUAUAUUCUAACAAGAGGGUUGGAAUAAAUCAGUGUAUAGGAUCUUAUUUAAAGACCCUUUGUCACUUUCCAUGAAUUAUGAAUCUCAUCUUAAAGUGAGGGCCCUUGGCUUGACUAUUACUUAACUAUACUCAGUAUAUAUCUCUAGUUAACUACUCAAAACCUUAUUUCCAAUUGCAGGCAGGAAAAGGACACCAAAAGAAAGUUCAAGUUGAGAAGAACCAGACAGGAAGAAUCUAGUGUGGUAAAUAAGAGAGAGAAAAUUGGUGGAGAUGAUGAGGAAGAGGAUGAUGAUGAUGAUGAUGAUGAUGCAAAAGUGACUGUGUUAGAAAAUGACAAGGAGAAACCUCAAAGUGAAAAUUUGGAGGUUGACAAAAACGUUUUACAUGGAGAGAAGCGCACACUGCAAUCAGUUAUAAAUGAUGAUGAUGAUGAUGUAACAGAUGAUGAAGACCCUAUUCUUUGUUUAAGAAAGAGAAUCUCUCUGAAGCGUCAGAAAUUAACACAAUUUUUGGAGGAUAGUGACUCUGAGGAUGUGAAAGAUGUGGCCAAGAGAGGUUCAAAAAGAACCUCUGAUAAACUGAGUGAUCCAAUACCCAAGAGGGUUGCUGUUGGUGAUUUUGAUAAGGAGAAAACAAGGAAGGACGAGAGUAUUUCUUCAAAGGAAAAACAGAACUCUUCACUUUCCAGUGCACAGCCUCCCAGUGUUCGCUUUUCAAGAGAGUACAAGAAACCAAAUUAUAGACCUACAACUGUGAAAGAAAUCAUGAAGGCAGAGGUUUAUAUUGCGCCUCCAGGAUUUAACAUUCCAUCAUACACUAAGCUAAUAAUCAGAAUGUUAGAUAGGUACAGGAAACGAUUGCAAAUUGCACAAUCCAAGGUUAAAGUUCGUCUCCCCUGGGGACACCCUGUAGUAGCUGGUAGUAACUCUAAAACUUUAGAACUGAGAAUGCCUGGAAAAGCUUCUGUUUUUUCUUUUCUCAGAGGAAUACCACAAGAUGGUAAGUUUCCUUUUACUACAAUUCAUACACAAUGGCUGUCAACUAUUUACAUGAGCAAACAUGUCGGUUCACAGUUUGGGUCAAUGGUAAGCAAAAUUCAGGACUGGUAAAUAUCGUCCCAGAAUUGCGUUUACCAUGUGUAAAAAUCAGUUCCAUUUACUGAAAAACGGUUGUGAAGACCUACAUACAAACUGGUAUCAAAGAUGGCCUUAGAAGAAAUGGAACGUGAAUUUCCGUUGGAAACAUUCUGUCUGGAGAAACAGUACUUCCUUAUCUGUUGCUCCUGGAAAUUUCGAAUGGAAUGAGCCAAAGAGUUGUGUUUCAUCAUUUUACUUUCCAACUGGUUUUUUCCCCCCUCCCCCACCCACUCCCAACAGGAUUUUGAGCAAUUAAAGCCUCUUGGUAAACAAUUUGAAAAUAAUAUUAAUUUGCCAACAACUUUUUCUUCUAAAUUGUAAGCCAAUGGUUGUCAAGUCAAGAUAUUAAAGCUCCAAAAACUGGAUGCCCUCCUGCCUGAUGCACGGGCUGAAGGUGAUACUGUUGUGGACUAGAAUCCUCUAUACAGGGAAUUAGCAAUACUCCUGGUGCUUCAUGCUAGUGAAACCUGGAUUAUUUCCAGCCAUCUCUUAGCUGGAGAUGCCAUAUUACACCUUUAACUUUACCAUUAUUAAGUUAGUAAAGCCGGAGCCAUCACACUAACUGUUAAAAAAUAUAUAUAUACAUACAUAUUAUUGACUUGUCUAGUUUGGAUUGUUGUUCAUAAAAGUAGUCGCUUUCUCCUUGAACACAGUUAGCAAUGGAGAUUACACUACCUCGGCUGGGAGCUGAUGACUAAGACUUACUUGGUGAUGUAUCCAAGGUGCGCUUAGAUCACCUGACCCAAACGUUUUGGCCGCGUGGAAUAAUGAGGCCUAGGGACUGGGUGUGAAAGGGUUAACUUUCCAUGCUUUGAAUAAAAAUGUAAUCUUUAAGAUUUGUGACAAAGACACAUCUAAUUUUUUCUUUUCAUUUUCUGCAGCAACUGGCACAAGUGUUAAAAAUAACUCAGAUUCAGAUGUUUCCUAUAAGAGAAGAACUUUGAGAAGUUCUGCAAAACUGACUACUCAAGCAGCUACCAGUACAUCGACUAGCACAACCACACAUGAAACAUCCUAUAAAGUAGACAGUGAUAGUGACGGUGAUGAAUUCCUGAAAGCUUAUUUGGAUGAUGUGCGACCAAAACCUUCUGUUAUUAGGUCAAGUAAGAAAGCCAGUCAUGCGACAAAAAAUGACAGUAGUUCUGCUAGUGUGUCUGCAGAUCAACAAAAUUUACGACCUAAAGAUGAUGAAAGAUCGUAUGUUAAAAAGGAAGUGUCAAGUAAGUCUAACAUGGGACUUACAAAUGAUGGCAAAACAACAAAAUCGCAUGCUCCAAUUAAAACUGGAGAUACCAACAUAUCUCUGCAAAAUGGUAAUUCAGAUGUCUUAUUUGGCACUGGUGUUAUUUUGGAUGCUAAUGCAAGUGAACUACAGUCCAAUACAUUUGGUGCCUCAGUUAAAUCACCUGGGAAAGAUAAUAAUGCAAAAAAAGAUUUCAAAACAAGUGAAAGUAAAGUCAAAGAUAAAAAGGAAGGAACAAAAGAGUUAAAUCAGCCGGACAAUCAGACAAACAAAGGUGAUGCAAUCUCCAUGGAAGUUGAUGAAAACCAAGCAGACAACAUUCAGCCUUCAAAACGCAGAAGUAUCCUGCGUCCUUUAGAUGAUGAUUCAACUGAUGAUGAAAGAGACAUGUCUCAGCCAAUUGUUUCGCUUCAUCGUACAAAAGGAGACACUUCAGUUGAUGUUGAUGGUUCUUCAUCAAAGGAAGAAAAGGGCAGUAAAUUAGGAGAGUCUGUUGUAGAUGCUGACAAUGUUGCCCUACUAGACUCUCAAUCGAUACUGACACAAAGUGGAUCUCAAGAGAACCUUGGAAAAAGUGUUCUUGACACCUUAACCACUGAAAAUCAAGGUGUUUUGGAGCCAGAGUUACUCUCCAAUAACAGUUCGACAGAAGGGUUUACAUCAACCACAAAAAGGACAGUUAAGAGGGAAGGUGACAGUCUCAUCAUUGAUUUGGACAGUGAAGAUAGCCAGAAUGCACAACAAAAACGUUCUGAGGCAGCAGAUAAAGCAGCUGCAGCAGCAGAAAGAAGACAGCGGCUGUUGACCAGAGGACAACCACCAAGAGAUGCCCUGUCAUCAAGGUCAUUAUUGAGCAUUGUUAUUGGUUGAUGUUUAGACAAAUUGUUUGUCUGUGAUAGUUCUCUAAUCACUGUUAUUAUUCAUUCAAAAUAUUUUGUCAUUUCUGAUUGGCUCCAAUCCCCCCACUUAAUUCUUUAUAACCAGCUGGUGCUCACUAUAUUUGGAAAUUUAAGGCAAUAACCCAUUGAUUCAAUGGUAUGGACUAGAAGUUGCUGCAUCCCCACGGGUUAUAAGUUAGAAGUCUGUAUGAGGGGGUUGGGGGGGGUCAACAAUUUGAAGGAUCAAUACUUUAGCAAGCCACUGUUGAGGGAAGGAAAAAACAUGAGUUUUUUAUUAGUGUCAGUAUUGAAUCAUAUUGUCAUGUCAUGUUUUAGCUCUUUCGCUGCCUCCUCUGUGAACAAAGAUGAUGCACAUAAGGAAUCGACUGUUGAGUGUCCUCUUUGCUAUCGUCAUUUCCCUUCAUCUGAGAUACAAACACAUGCAUCAGACUGUCAAGGCCCACCCUCACCUCCCCACAAGGCAUCAUAUUCACAAACCCAGAGGGAGAUGGCUGGUACAUCAGGUGUGACAAGGUGAAUGUCUGGAUAUUUUGUACUGUUUGCCAUGUGGAUGUGCAUCAGACUGGAAAACACAUGGAAACAAUGAAUUCUGGCCAUUGUAUACUGAAUGUUUUAAUCUCUACAAAGCAGGGAAGUAAGCAGAUACUGAGAGUGCUAUAAAGCAAUGUGUUACUCCUGCUUUGAUGUCCUCUCUUAAUUGUGGAUGCAAGUGUAGCUAAAGUUCCUCGUAACCUAAGCUGUUAACUAUAAUUGUGUCUAAAAACCCUUUCUCUCCCAAACUCAGCUACGAAGCUGACAUGUAAGUAGGUUCGAUUUCCGCCGUCUCCCGGGUCCGGUCUUUGAUCCUCUUUUGGCGAAUGAGUGCGGGCUCAUUUUCCCGAACAGCGGCUGGUAAUCGAGCCUAACAUGUAAGGUACAUUUAACUCUAGACAAACUCUGAUCAUUCAGAUGACAACUCUUUAUCUGUUCUUUUACAUAGCCGUAUUUGUUUAGUAUGCUUUGUAACGUUGUAGUGUCAUCUUUUACUGUACAAAACGGUUCUUUAGCGUGGUAACAUUUGAUUUGCUCUAUUUGCAAACUAGAUUGCAAAAUUUACAAAUAUUGAUUGUUGGUUUCCGGUCCUUUUGGGAGUAAAGGGGCUUGAGCAAAUUCAAAUUUUCCAACAAAUGUCUAUUAAUAAUACAAUGAGAAUAAUACAUGAGAAUAAGUGAAACAAAUUCUCUCAACUAGUUCUUCAAGGUUAUGUAUGGAAACCAGUAUGGAGAAUUUGUAUGUGGGUAUUGAAGCUUGAAGGGUUAACCAAGAGUAAGCUGUCAGUCAUUUCUGAAAAUAGCGGAUAAGUGAGUUUAUUUAACGUAUUGUGACAACUUGAAUGAGCAAGUUUUCAUUAAAUCAACAAGAAAUUUGCUCAUUCAAGUAGAUCAAAAGUAUAACCAUUCUGAACUUAGGCUGCUCUUUUUCAGUCCUGGUCCCUGUGCAAUUUACCGAACUUUAUCUGGUGAAAGAGGCCAGUUAAAAAACCUGAAAGUUUUCCUUCAACGGUCUCCAUUGGCUGAAAGGAAGAUUCUUGAAAAAGCUAACCAACCACCAGAAUCAGGCAAGAAAAAUCUUGAUUUUGAAAAGAACGUUUCUCCUUCUGGACAGACUGGAAAAAUAGGAAAGUUUAAAGGUUUUCAUCAGAGUUCUGCUGAGGGGGCGAGAAAACAUACCAGGACAACAAGAGCAGCCGUAAGAACAGAAUCAGAGAGUGAACGGAGUGGAUAUGAGAGAGAAGUAGAUGAGGAGGUCUGCAGCUGGCUUGAUUCAUCAAGGUCUUUAUCAGUUUUUUUCUUUCUACUUUUAGCUGUAAUAGAAUUAUGACCAUAGAGUACUAUGUUGGUCGCAGUGAACUGGGUGCUACUUUUCUUUUCUAGGGAGCAGAGAAGAGACAGCUUGACUAUGAUAGUUGCCAGUGGGGAUUAUAGUAUUAGUUGAAUUAUGGAGACGUCUAAAUACGUAAAAUAGUUUAAUCCUUCCCUACUGAUCCCUUAACGUUACGAUAGAUGACGUAUGAGUAAAAUAGAGGACCUGUUCAGCCUGCAAACAAGCUCUCCGGGACGCUCUGGCGACGGGGCGGGAAAAGGAAGUAGAGCUUGCAACUGCCUCUCUGGGAUUUGAAUAUCUGCGUAGGAAAAGUCGAUGCGAAAUGCUAAUUAGUGGAGAUGACGUUAGUAAUGACGUCAUUACCCUUGGUACGUGUUUUUCAAUUAUUGUUUACAUUCGUGCUCGUAUCCGCUUCGCGCUGAUUGGUGGAAAUCUGACAGCUCAGUCGGCGGGGAGCCACAGGGGAAUUGGAGGUAAAAUUCAAAUUCCAGAGAGGCAGUUGCAAGCUCUCCUUCUUUUUCCCGCCCCGCCGCCAGAGCGCCCGGGAGAGUUUGCUCGCAGGUAAGACCUGUUAGGACAUACCAUCGCCCACCCUCACUGCAAGUGAGGCAAAAGUUUAUAGCAAGACCCGUGUGCAGAGGCGUGUGUAAGAGAAUAGAGAGCUAAAGCAACGACGACGGCAACGAAAACGUCAAAAAGCAAUAGAUUUAGAUUAGCAAAACUACAACUUUGCACGUGCAACCCACUUUUUGUACAUUUCUUUGCCGUCACUGCGCGAGUACGACGUGAAAGGUCCUUAUUUUAUAUUACGUUUUGUGGAGGACAUGAACCUUCACGUCCUUAUUUUUCUUUUCCUGAACGUUGAUAGAGCCUGGUACAAUUUAAUUCCAGAAAAAUUUGCCAACAUUUGACGAACUGAGCGAGAUGAAAUAAGCGCGAUAAAGUUUGAAGCAGCGCGACUUGACUUUUUAAGUGACCUUUUCCAAGCGGUCGCCGUCGUUGUUGCUUACGGUCCCUAAUGAUACAAAUCAGAAAAGUUUACCAAACUUUUAACGUGAUGUUACACGGGACGAUUCGCAACGACGAUUUUUAGCGCAACACGUCGUUGCAUUGAAACGAUGUCGCAACAAUGUUGUAACGCUGUGUUGCGCUAAAAAUCGUCGUUGCCCAUCGUCACGUGUGACAUCACCUUUAGUCUCAUGUGCAUCCGCUCUGGCCGGAGUCACGUAUGCGCGGAGGAGACUACCAUGCUUUUUGACAGGAACCCAUUUUUUGCAAAUUUAAUGUGUUGAAUUGCAUUGUGGGACCAAUUUGGACCCAAAUAACAGCCAAUAGGGAGCUUUAGUGACGAGGACGGCGUCGGCAACGAGAACUUCAAAGAAGUAAUAGGUUUAUUACGCAAAGCAACAACUUUGCACGUGUGGCACACUUUUUGGUACAUUUCUUUGCCGUCACUACACGACCACAACGUGAAAUUUCCUUAUGCGGCGUUCUAUGAGAAUAAACACACGACGGUGACAGUUUUCUUUUUCUCUCUAAACUUGGGUGCGCUUCACAAGAAAAUCUGCCUACAUUUGACAUUUUAAGUCAGUUGGAAUAAACCUAGCAAAGUUUGAAAAAACGCGAAUUCAUUUUAACGGUGUUGUUUGCGCUACCGUCGUCGUCAUCGUAGUUGCCAAAGCUCCGUAAUAAAAGAAGCGAUUGCGUCGCUAAAACAUUUCCAUAGUGCAGUUCGAUACACACCGACCCGGUCUAACGCACAGCCUGAAAAUGGCAGUUAUAUUAGGCAUUCUUUUUCUCUUUUUGAGCAAAUUACUACAGAAGGAAACUCCAGGAUUCCCCUCAUCGCUUUUCUAUUGAAGAAAGGAAUCCUAUAAUCUGAUUAAGACAAUUUUAUUUCAAAGUUCCCUUGGUAAUUUGCAUUGCUUGAAAACAUUUUUCUUCUUUGCACAACUAGGUUAAUAUAUGAGUAUUUUUGUUAUCCGUUUUGCUAAUAUAUAAUGAUUUAAAGGGUUGGUUCCACAUUUUAUAUAUAUAUAAAUAGACAAAGAAUUGGAUACCUCAAUUCAUAGAUAGAAUUAUAUUUUUUAUUAUUGGUCAAAGUUUAUGCUCAGUUAAUGACGUUACUCAGUCACCAAAGUUAUUGUUGGUGUUAUAAAAAUUAUUUUUUCAGAGUUAUCCAGUUGUUCGUUUAUCGUUUGUCUCGCGAUAGUCACUGUUAUUGACUGCGAACUGGUCUAUUUGUAAACAGCCUCGACAUUUUUAUCUACACGAUUCUUCAGAUAGGGCUAACUCAACAUUUUUAUGUACACGAUUAUUCAGAAAGGCGCCUUUUAUUCACCAGCCAUUUGACACAACCGGCCCGGUUUGACUCGUAAAAAGUGCAAACAAAUUUAGUUUUAUUUUCCCCCGGGCCUCUCCCCUGGAUUCGCCACUGCAUUUAGUGUCUUGAAUAUAGUGUGUUUUUGGACCGGAAACCCUUAAGGGAGUGAGAAGGUUAGCGAUGAGUACAAACAAUAUUUUUCCCCCAAAAAUGAUAAUCUAUUCCCAUGAUCGUAUUGUAAAAAAUUACUUUAUUCCGUAUGCGAAACGAACUGAGUCGGGGAUUUGAGCGCUGCCCGCGCGGGAAGCGGGAUUCCCCAAAAUCCUGGCCUGGGACGCGGAUUGGGAAAGAAAACAGUGUUCAGGAUAGAAAUGGUAGAAGUUCGAGAAUUCGGGAUUGUCGUGAAAAGGGAGCGGGAAUGAGUGAUCAGGACUCCCCAUCCAGAUCCUGUCAAGUAGCUAGAGCUGUUCAUUAAUUUUUCUUUUGUUGUUUUUAUUCUAUUCAGUCCCGAGAAAAAGAGGCCCCAGAAGACAUAUGGAGGUAAAAAGAUUUUAUUAAUCAUAUGCAUCAUACCGAUUUGGUGGACCACCUAUUGGAUUGUUUAAUUGAUUGACUGAAAAAACGUGGGAUAAAAAGUUUAAGUAAUAAAUACUAAUGAAAAAGUCUUGUUAUGUUCCCAGAUAAACUAGAAAACUAUCAAAGCAGGGAACCCAGAUUAUCCCUUGAAAAUCUUUAAGAAUAAAUUUUUCUUAUUUGCAAGCCCGGCUUUCCGUAGUGUAAUCCUAGAAUGACCCUUGUUGCAUCGUUUGUGGCUUGUGCUUUCCACUCGGAAACUUUUUCUUCUGUUAGUAAUAUACUAGUAAGUCAUCAAGCAAACCAAGUUCUUUCAUCUCUUUAAAGGAAAUACCUCAAAACCGUAUGGUGACUACAUUCCCCUCGAAACGUCCAGACAAAGUGACGAUGAUAGAAUAAUUAAGAGCAGCUCUUCCAAAUCACACGAAGAAAACCAAACGACAAGAAAGGACGAAAUAGAAUCGUGUAGCAGCUCAUCUGACGGGGAUGACGAUGCGCUUAUGGUGCAGUAUGGAGCACAACGCGUGUCCCGGCGACAGAAAAAAGGAUCCAGGAAAGAAGAAAAACAAGAAACAGACGAAAACGAACUGGCACUCGAGCAGCUUGGUGGAUGGAAGAAGAAGCGACCGCUCUCGUCAUCGAAAAGCUCCAAACCCAGAAAGUCUCGGCGGCUGAGAGAUUCUGAUAGCGAAGACAGCGAUGAGUCAACAAUUCUUUGUGCCAUGUGUGAAGAGAGAAUUCCCAAGGAGAUUUAUGAGAAACAUGCUGAAGAGGAGCUGGAGGCGAGGAAAAGGACGGGGGGUGCUCCUCGAAAGGUGGAAGGUUGGUUCACGUUACCUCGUGUUUCUUUUCCAUGGUCGCUCUGCAUCCCCGCUCUCGAAGUAAGAAAAGAAAAAGGAAGUCGUUGUCUUGUGUUAACGUCCUCCACAAAACGUGAAAUUAGGCAGUUUCACGUCGUAGUCGUGGAGUAAGGGCAAAGAAAUGCAAAAAAAACGAGUGAUGCACGUGCAAAGUUGUUGUUUUGUUUAUCUAAAUCUUUUGUUUUUUUGCCGUUCUCGUUGACGUCGCCGUCGUCGUUGCUUAAAUUCCCUAAUACUUUAACUUAGCACCUUGAUAAUUAGGCAGCUGUAGCAAACAAUGAAGGCAGCGACAUCGAAAAUGACAUCAGUAAGUUCACUGAGGGCCUACGAUGCUCUAGGACACCUUCGGUGAUUAGAUAUAUUCUGCUCAAAGUUUCGGACAUUUGGAAACAUUUGGCCCUGGCGUCUGCAUUAGUCUGCGACGUUUAGAUUCUGAGACCAGGACGACUACGAGAACGACAUUGUCUCUAAAGCAAGAAAAAAAAUUCUAUGCUUAGGUCUUUGUCUAGCUACAUUUUUCAUUUAUGCAAAUUUAGAGUACUGCUUUUGAACUCGCAUUUAUUUCCAUUCCUUGAUAAUGGCGUCUGAGGUCGCCGAAACGUCGAAACAUUAUUUCUUUACCUUUUACAUGUUUAUGUUUCUCCAAAUCAUUAUUAAUUAAAAAAAUAUCCGUUUUCAAAAAUAUUGGGAUGUGUUUUGGUGCACACAAAUACCUAUUACAUGUGGAGGUAUAGGCUCAACGGAGGAAAAAUUCCGUUUUUUUUUUUCAAAAACGUCAUAUCCGCCGGAUACUUGUGGACGGGGUCUGAGUGUGUUUCUGUCCAAAUCUCUGAUUUUAAGUGUUGUCUAUCUCCAUCCACGUCUCAGUUCUAUUUUUCAGCUCUUGCCGUUUGUUGUUUUGUUUCAGUUGUUACGGCGAAAGAUUCAAGUAGAGAAGGCGGCAGGAGUGACCACAGAAGGUAAAUAUACUCUAAUUUAACUUGUUUGAUUUAAUUCCGAAAGUGCCCCUCUUUCCUCCUCCAUUGCUUCCAGUCGGUGGUUGUUUGAAAACAAACUGUGAAUGCCACGUCGGAGUGGAAUAAAACACAAAAAUUGGGUUUAAUCAAUUGAUAGGAUUUAAUCAAGCGUCAAUUUACCACAUUUUUAUUAAAAAGACACAGAAGGUGUUGUCUCGAGUGCACACUCAUGUAUGGGGGCAUCAUUACUCAUUCCUUCACUACUUGUAAACUGCACCUUAAGCAGUCUGGCAAAGUCCCCCAACCAGUGUUGUAAAUUAUCCCUGAAAAGCCCUGAGGGGAGUGGAUAAUAAGAUAUUUACAAUUUACAAUUUAGUGCUAUUCCUUCAUCAAAGAGAUGAAAGCUGUACUUUCAAUUGGUACUAUUUACUUGGUAUGUAGUUCUGAUGACUCUGUGUAUGAAACCCUGUGGUGGGAUCAUUUCUGCAACAAUGACUCGACAGUACUGUUACAUGAUUCUAUUUGUUUCAAAGUUUUUAAAAAUAAUCUGAUUUUAUUUGCAAUUUCAAGUUGGGAAAAUGUUGGCUAACUUUGCAUGAUUGUAACCAGCGACUUAGAUAACACAACUACCUUAUAAAGCCGUUACUGUAUCACAUUUUAAGGGUUGGUAGACAAGAAAGGACAGACUUGGUUGUCAGGACAGACUUGGUUGUCCCCUUACAAAGUUCCGGAGCAGAAUGCAGUGAGGUCGACGAUAAUGAUGAUUUUGACUGGGACGCUGUUAGUGAUUCACCAAUCAAGUGCUUCCAGUUUACAGAAAAUUGUACCAGUGGCGUGGACUUCCAGAAUCAGUUUGAACACCUCAAAAAGGAGAAGGGCGGCAGGAGGCGGGGAAAUCAAGAGCGAUAUAAAGGGUCGGAUCCCCGUAGGGGUUAUGGACAGUACGAUAACCGUGGGGAGUACGGAAGUUCCGGUGGAAGUUCUAAUAAAAGGGGACAUUGUAGAGGAUCGUAUAAUAAAGUUUACGGACGUGGCCGUAGAAAAAAAUACAGUGGGAAGUCAAGGGGAUACCGCGGCGGCAAAAAAUAA